AUGAAUGAGUUUCGUAGGAACGGUGAUACUCGGCCAGUAGUCUACUUAGAUGAAACCUGGGUUAAUCAAAACCAUACCCGUCGACGUAUUUGGCAAAAUGAAGAAAAUACGGAAGGUUUAAAAGUAUCUACGGGCAAAGGCAGUCGCCUCAUCAUAUGCCACGCCGGAUCUCCUUCCUUCGGAUUCAUUAAAGAAUCAAAACUUAUUUUCCAAUGCAAUUCUGGUAACAAAGAUUAUCAUUCUCAAAUGAACACCACAAUUUUUGAAAAUUGGUUUUCACAAAUGCUACUUAACUUAGAACAGCCGAGUAUUAUUGUUAUGGACAACGCGUCGUAUCACUCUUCGUUGAUCGAGAACUAUCCGAAGUCCAACAGUAGAAAGGCAGAUGUUCAACAGUGGUUACGGGAUAAAAAUAUAGAUUUUUCUCCCGUAGAAACACUUGACGAGUUACGAGAAAAAGUGAAGCCUUCAAUGCCACGCGGAAAAAAAUAUAAACUCGAUGAACUAACAUUCCAAAUGGGUCAUGAAAUGGUAAGGCUUCCCCCUUACCACUAUGUCGAGACAAUUGUGCAUAAAGAGAUCGAUGCAGUAUCUCCGGAAUAUUGGGCCAAAUGUGGAGAACAUUGCGUCAAGAUUCAGGAGGAGGACUUUGCCAAGGCAGGAUUAAGAGACGAGAUAUUAGAACCAAUAAUAUUGACCAUUAAUCCUGACGAAAGCAGUUCAAAUGAAGAUGAAGACGACAAUGAUGACUAG